AAAUUUUUGUCCCCAAGAUAUAGAACAAAGGUUCUUACUGAUUAGUCCAAAUCUUUUUAAUUUCUUUCUCGUAUGAUUGCAAGGUUGUCGGUUUGUUGCGAACUUCUAAGAGAAUAAUUGGCAGAAUCAACAGAAUAAUUAGUUUGUUUCAGAUUUCAUGCUGCCGUUGAUUGUCAAGUUGCUGCCACAGAUUUCCAAGCAUGCUGUCAAGGGUGUUUACUGCUAUAAAGAUGCAAAGAAGAAACGAAGCAAAGAAGACCAGCCUCUCACACAACUAGCCUAGCGCUAUCAACAUUUUAGUUUUACAAGCAAUGUCUUAGUUUAGAUCCAGUUUCCUCAAACAGCUUUCCUAAUUUAGUCUUUAGCUCUACGCUGCCAUUAGUUUUAAUUCUGAUUUUUGUUAUUUCGUUGUGAACAUCUUCACUCGAUAUAUUUAGUUUCUUUUGCAAUUCAAUUUACUGCACUUUACCCCAAAUUCAUCUUUCUAGCUUCUUUUAAGUGCUGGGUUCGAAAUCGAACCCAGCAAGCGGUGGGUUUGAGCAGCUGCUGAGUUCCUGCAAGUGAGGUUCUGGGUUUCGUUUCGAACCCAGCAGCCGUUGGGUCAAAUAUCUAUUGAGUUUAAUCUGUUGAUUUGUUGUGUUAUCCUCGAAUUUAAUAUUAGGAGUUAGGGUUUGCAGAAGGUUAAAGGAAAGGGAGAGGAAGAAGAAAGGGAAAAAGGAAAAACAAACGAAGAAAAAAAAAAGGAAUAAUAAAUUUUUUAAGAUUUU